AUGAGUAUGUCGCGCAUUCUCCUACCACUCAACGAUACGGUGAUCAUCUUCUUGGACCCGGACGACGGACCCACGUCUGUCCCUCACGUCGUUCAAGUGACUGUCAAAUCGGACGGGCCUGAGACAGUAGAUACUAUCGCAUCGUACUUCAAGGCUCAGCACGACAUAGCAGAUCUGGUCCUUGGGAUCGUCUCAUCUCAUCUGCAGUCUCCCCUUCCGUCCAUCAUCAACUUCGAGGAUCCGCGUUACACCCUGAUGGCCAAACAUCGAGAAUGGUGUUUCGGCAUGGAGAAGCUCAGAUUCGCGUGGGGGGAAGACGAGGUCGUCGCGUGGGGUCGCAAAUGGAUGUUUGCGUUUAGGCCCAGGGCUUACGCCGCUCAGGUCUGA